AUGAAGACCACAUCCCUAAUCCAGUUCACGGUGCUGGCGCUGGUGUUGGAGUGCGUGACGUCAAGAAGACUGCUCCCACCCAAGCGGCGGGGCUAUUACGCAAACUUCUUAGUCACGAACGGGAAAGGUGUCAGCGAAGAAGGCUUCAUCAUGAAUGCAGCGCUGUCCUGGGGCAAGUGGCGGCUGGGAGGUAGGGACGUGACCACAGUGAACAACAUUGGAUUCAACAGUGAUAAAUCGGCGGACUUCUUGGCUUCGGGGCGCUCCGGCAGUCCCUCCGGCACCGAGGGUACAUUCGAAAUACACGAGGGUGCGAAGAAGGUGGCUAUCGUCGAGUUCUCUAUACCGUUCUGGGGUAAGAACGAACUCAAAAUCCGCGACUUGGACGACCAGUUUGUGUGCAACCAGAGGGGCUUCACACCCAACGGCUCCCCGACUAUCAAUAUAAAUUGUCAUAAGAAAACCAGA